AUGCAAGCCGGAAUCGAUAAUAUAGCAAGCUUAGUCCGCAACCUGGAUAUUACUGAUAACGCACCUCAGGAUCAGGAUCAGGGACAGAAUCUCCGGAACGCUGUACAUGUGCUUAUUCGGUCUGCCAACACUGUUACCUCACAAGCACAAUCUGUCAAAUCUCUUGCUGGUGACGCGAAUUCCUCACGUAAGCUGCCUAUCACGGAUGUAUGCUCGCUCUGUGAAGGAAUAAAGAAGCUUGCGAACAUUACUAUCGAUCUUCAAGGCACUAUUGAUGCGCUCAAUGAAGCAGCGGAACACUCUGUUGUCCUACACCUAAGCGAUCAGGACGUGUUGUGGAAGGUGGCUGAGGAGUGCUUCAAUCAGACCGUUAACCCCUGUGGAACUCUCGAUGCUGAGGACUACUUUGCUCCCCUUAAAGAAGCCUGUCUGGAAUGGCCUUACGACCCCGACUUUGAGAGCGAAGAAUAUUAUGAGCAUGAGAAUCGCCUUGAUGUGGAUGAAGAUUACACUGCAGCUUUCCAGCAAUGA